CUUGAAAAGUCAAACGGAAACCAGCUCGAUUUCGUGUAUAUCCUAGUCUCCACGAAUCGCGAUGCAGCAAGCAAACUCACGAAACGAUGUCGCUUGCCUGACAAUCUUAGACGAAACCCAUUCAGCAUCUAAACCAUGAAUAUUCCAUGGCGCCCAUCCCCCAUUACUUCGAUUAUUUUUAAGCACUGGAUAUGGUUUUUUAAAUGAUUCAAUAAGGGUUCUGGGUAUCUGUGAAACGAGCAGGGAAUCGGCACAGAGAUGGGGAGGAACUGGGUUAUACUGGGUUUGGCUGUGGUAUUGGGUUUUGCAGAGAUCAUCAAUGGCGGUAUUACCAGCACUUUCGUCAGAAACUCUGAUUUGGUUCAUGAUAUGCCGCUAGACAGCGAUGUAUUCAAAAUCCCACCCGGUUACAAUGCUCCUCAACAGGUCCACAUUACACAAGGAGACCAUGAAGGUAAAGGGAUUUUGGUGUCUUGGGUGACUCAAGACGAGCCUGGCUCAAAUACAGUUGAGUACUGGGCUGAAGGCAGCAAACUAAAGAGUCGUGCUGAAGGAAUUGUUGUGAAGUACAAGUAUGUCAAUUAUACUUCUGGCUACAUUCAUCACUGCACCAUUAAAGGCCUGGAGUUUGACACCAAGUACUACUACGAGGUUGGGAUCGGCAGCAACUCGACCAGGCAAUUCUGGUUCACAACACCUCCUAAACCAGGCCCUGAUGUCCCUUAUACUUUUGGCCUCAUUGGUGAUCUGGGUCAAACCCCUGAUUCGAACCGGACAAUUGAUCACUAUCUAUCCAAUCCUAGGGAGCCAAAGACAUUGCUGUUUGUGGGUGACCUCUCCUAUGCUGAUGCUUAUCCGUUGCAUGACAACACGAGGUGGGAUACAUGGGGAAGGUUUACUGAGAGAUUGGUUGCGUAUCAACCUUCUAUCUGGACAGCAGGAAAUCAUGAACUUGAUUUUCUCCCUGCCAAUGUAAAUAUGACCUCCCUCAAAGUCUCCUUUGCUCUUGAUAUUCAGGGUGAACCCAAACCCUUCAAGCCUUACUUGCGCCGUUAUCAUGUCCCAUAUAAAGCAUCAGGCAGUACAUCUCCACUGUGGUACUCUGUUAAGAGGGCUUCUGCUUACAUUAUUGUCCUCUCCAGCUACUCUGCUUAUGGGAAGUACACUCCCCAAUACAAGUGGCUAGAAGAGGAGCUGCCUAAAGUGAACAGGACAGAGACACCAUGGCUCAUAGUAAUCAUGCACAGUCCAUUCUAUCAUAGCUAUGGGCACCACUAUAUGGAAGGCGAAACCAUGCGAGUGAUGUACGAGCAAUGGUUUGUACAAUACAAAGUUGAUGCUGUCUUUGCCGGACACGUUCAUGCUUACGAACGAUCUGAACGCGUAUCAAACAUUGCGUACGACAUUGUUAACGCACGCUGCACUCCAGUUGAGGAUCAAUCCGCUCCGGUCCACAUCACCAUAGGAGAUGGAGGGAAUCUUGAAGGAUUGGUUACAGACAUGAUGGAGCCACAGCCGGCUUACUCGGCCUUCCGAGAACCAAGUUUCGGACAUGGAAUCCUGGACAUAAAGAACAGAACACACGCCUACUUCGGCUGGCAUCGGAAUCAAGAUGGUUAUGCUGUCGAGGCCGAUUCCUUGUGGCUGCUCAACAGGUACUGGAAGCCCUUGGCUGAAUCGCAGGCUGCCGCGAUUUGAACUGGCUCAAUUCCCGCGCAAUGAGAGCAAGCUAAGGGGAAUGUCUACCAUCCGAGUUAAUGGGAUAGAACCACCCAUUUCCCACUUACACAAGCAUGCAACACUGUUGUAUUGUAUGAUCGAAGUUACAGGGAAUGCAUAAACUGUUGGGUUUGGUUUCACUUUCACGAGUAACUGACUUGAAAUAAAAAAAGAGUGCUGUAAAUCUUCACGUGCAUGUUAAGAUGAAUUGAGGAUCAAUCUUUCGCUUUCGUUGGUUCCAUUUAAGAUCAACACCUGAACUGGACAACCAUAGUGAAUAUUGAUGUCGAUGGGUUCGAUAUGGUACGAUGAAAGUACACAAAGGUGCAAUUUUAUAGGUAACCAACACUUCAGUCCAAAUAUUAAGCACGUGGGAGCUGUUCAAGCACACGUGAUUUCUAUCAUAA